AUGGGGCGAAAACAACUCACCAUGAGGCGAACACGACGCCAAAGUCAAAAAAGGGGCGCCCGAUUUAAAAGAAAACCCCGUCUAGUGGAUAAAAUUGCCGAAGGUGUGGCUAUGGGUUUGUCAGGGCCCUCUCCCAGUUUUGCUAAAAUGGGCACCUUUUUAGCCAAGCAAGCUUUCAAAGGUAUAAAAGACAAAGUCCGUCAUUAUCAGAGAGGCAAAGGACUUGGCACCGUCUUAUCCACAGCCGCCAAAAUUGGGUAUAAAUUGGGCAAGGACAAAGGCUAUAAACGUAUGCGUGCAGUGGGAGCGACUGGUCAUUACACUCACUUUCGUAAACCGUGGGAAACAUGAUUCAUCAACCUGCUAGUGUAAUUAUUGCCGGCCCGUCUGGGUCUGGCAAGAGUGAAUUGGUCGAAAACCUCUUGAAAGAGAAAAAACUGUUAUUCCCCUCCCCAAAAGAUGGUUUACUGCUACGAUCGAUGGCAACCACGUUUUGAUCGCAUGAAAAAACACUCCAACGUUCACUUUUACAAAGGUCUCCCUCCUGAAGGAGCGUUAGUCGAAUGGUUUAAACCUGAACAUCAUGGGUUUGGCAUUCUCGAUGAUCUGAUGGAGGAAUCGGGCAAUGAUAAACGCGUGUUGGAUUUAUUUACCAAAGAUUCUCAUCAUCGUGGUAUUACCGCCUUGUAUCUAACCCAAGAUCUCUUUCCUUCCGGCAAAUUUGCCAAAACCAUCAACUGCAACGCGCAUUAUGCUAUUUGCUUCAAAAGUCCUCGUGACCAGACGGGCAUCCGUAACCUGUUGCUGCAAGUGUAUCCAGACAAAUGGCGUCGAGUGGUUCAAUUAUUUUUGAGGUUGACGGCUCGCCCCUUUGGUUAUUUUAUGUUGGAUUUACAUCCAGCCUCCGACGAUCGUUUUCGCGUAUGGAGUCAUUUAACC